AUGCUAGUCGUUGGCAUAGCUCUGAGGAAUUUGCCAGCAGUUAGCGAACUGUUAUUUGUCGUCAAGGAAUGGAGUGUUGUUUUGCGAAGGAUUGCUUUCGUUGUGAUUUUACUUCGAGGCGGGCUCUCUCUUGAUGCGAAUGCAAUUAAAAGACUAAAGGGUGCUUGCGUCCGUUUGGCCUUGGUUCCUUGCUCCGUAGAAACGGUAGUUGUAGCAGUAGCUGCUAAAUUAGUUUUUGGUAUGGAUUUCAUAUUUGGUGUGUUACUCGGAGCUGUGCUAGCUGCCGUUUCGCCCGCCGUCGUGAUCCCUGCUUUAUUGGACGCCUCUAAAGCAGGUUACGGAGUGCAGGCAGGUGUACCAUCUUUGGUUAUUGCUGCUGCUAGUCUCGACGAUGUGUACGCAAUCUCCAUUUUCAGUUUGGCGCUGUCUUUGUUCCGUGUGGACGGUGCAGGCGCUAUUGCAGUUUUAGUAGCUGCGUUCGUUGCGGGCCAUUCAUGGAAAAAAGAGUCUCUAUUUUCAUGCUUUCUCCUUCACGUCCUACCACGGAAUGAUGUGAAAAAUUUACAUCUCAUUCGCCUGUCGCUUUUAUUCACAUUCUCCACAGCUAUCUUAUUUACCACGAUUAGGUUCCGUGUGGACGGUGCAGGCGCUAUUGCAGUUUUAGUAGCUGCGUUCGUUGCGGGCCAUUCAUGGAAAAAAGAGGGUCCCCUUCCUGAAGAAGAUCACCUUGCUAAUCUUUGGCAUCUUGCUUUUCAACCGCUGCUGUUCGGUCUCAUUGGAUUCGAACUUAGUUUUGACAUGGUUCAAGCUGGAACCAUAUUUCGUGGCUGUCUACUGCUUGGAAUCGGAUUGUUGUUCCGGUUCGUCGCUUCAUUCCUGGCCGUUUUUGUCACCAAUCUGACUAUACGCGAACGUUUGUUUGUGGCAGUGGCUUGGAUGCCUAAAGCGACUGUUCAGUUCCGAAGUACUUUUUUAUUUGUGUCCUUACAGGCGGCAUUGGCUCCAGUGGUUUUGGACAUGGCUAGAUCAAAAGAUGGAGUUGAUAGAACCUAUGUCGAUAACGGGAUCGUGAUCUUCACUAUCGCAGUACUGAGCAUUCUAAUAACGGCUCCAGUGGGUGCUUUCCUGAUUCGUUUAACAACACCACUGCUUCUGACAAGAGAUGAAAAGAGCGUCAAAUUUACGACUGAUGGCGAGAAUGACUUGGAGAAUGACAUGAACGAAUCUGCUGAAAAUACUCUGUGA